UAUUUAGUACAGUAAAACCUCAAUAUAACGGACUUAGGAUAUCAUCAUCAUCAAUGGUGCUACAGCCCUAUCGAAUAGUGAUGUUGAUUAAUGUUACUUUCAAGUAUUCCUUACAAAUCGUUUUUGUAUAAAGUAAUUAUUUACAGUAUUCCUUACUAUGAUUACUUUUGUAUUUGAGUACCAGUAAUCAUAUCGAGAAUCGUAUUUCUCAGCAUCACACAACACUUUUUUCUAUGUUUCUCAGUAGGUAGGUAUUUUCAUAAAUGAGGGGGUGGGGGUAUUUUGUAUAGGUAUUCUGAUAUAACAAGGACCUUCACCAAUCUGUUUAAGGGAUAAAAAUGAUUUGAUUACUAUGAUUACUUUUGUUACCUUUGUAUUUGAGUACCGGUAAUCAUAUCGAGAAUCGUAUUUCUUAGUAGGUGGGUAUUUUGUAUAGGUAUUUCGAUAUAACAACGACCUUCACCAAUCUGUUUAAGGGAUAAAAAUGAUUUGAUUACUAUGAUUACUUUUGUUACUUUUAUAUUUGCGUACUGGUAAUCAUAUCGAGAAUCGUAUUUCUCAGUAGGUAUGUAUUUAUUUUGUAUAUUCGCGGUGUGCAAGUACUUGGAAAGGGAAACGAGAAACGACCGUGCGCGAGUCGCGGAGAAAUAUUGCAACUAUCUUAAAUAAUUCAUAUUGUCAAUUGAAAUUGUCAAAUUGACGUAUAUUUCAUACCUUCUGUCAUUGAGGCAGAAAAAUUAUAUAUUGCUCCACAAUAUUGAUAUGAUAUACAAUUAUUAUAUAAAGGUAAAUUUAAUUAAUUGUAUUUUGCUUGCAGUACUGCAUUUUAAUAACUGAUUUUAUUUACUACAUACAAUUGUUUACGUUUGCUAAACAUAACCUGCAUCUUAUUUUUUCUUCUUAUUAUUUUUUUGGAUUAUGGUCUUGACAAUUAUCCAGCAACCAGGACUAAUAUAAUUGGCCAAUAUAAUUAAAAGUGCGAAUAAAAGUACAGAGCGUAGAAAUAGAGGUCGCUUUGCCGAACUUGCACGGUCCCAAUAGGUAUUCCGAUAUAACAACGACCUGUUUAAUGGAGAAAAAUGAUUUGAUCUGUAAAAUCUAAAAUGCCCGGCUUUAUUUUUAUUUUCAUUCUGUGAAUUAUCUACUAUCUAAUCUACAUCAGCAAAUCACGUAGAUGUAGAUAAAAAUAUAGGGUUCUCCCAUUCGAACUUUGUUAUUAACAUACAUUACAUAUUUUAUGUAUACCAUUAUCCCUCCCUUUCAUCAUUAUACAUGUCUCAUCUUUUAUCUUCUCACCUCACCCUCACACCCUUAAAACGCUUCAUACUGAUAACGAUAUUCGAUAACACUCAUAAAAUACCGGUCACAUCCAUUACUCACUGGGAUACGAUUGGUAGAAAGUAAUCAAGUGUACUAGUUGUAGAUACAAUAGUCGUUACUCGCUCUGAUACAAUUGGUACGAAGUAAUCAGAGAAAUCAAAGUAUAGUAUCUCUGUAUAGUAAUUGUUACUUUUGGUAUUUGUAAGUAAAGAGUACUUUGUAACUAAUAGAUACUUUUUCAACAUCUCUACUAUCGAAGAGCCUCAACCUUCCCAAGUCUAUUAUGCCAGUCUGUCCUAUCUAUUGCCAGUUUGCUGCACCUAUUUUUCUCCCAUCCCCAUCUACACCAUCCUUCCAUCUGAGUUUUGGCCUACCCCUAUUUCUACUUCCCACAGGUUGUGACAUAAGGAUUCUUCUAGGAGGGUUGUUCGGCUGUGAUCUUCUUUCAUCUUUAGGGAUAUCUUCAAAAUGAAAAUAAAAUGGAGAUUACGGAGAAACUCAUUGAAGAUUCGUCUUACCAAGGAAAUGAUGUGACUCGACAUACUCAAGGGAAAACAUUAAAUAAAAAUGUAACAGUUGUAACUGGCGAUAGGUUUUAUAAAUGUGAAAUUUGUUUUAAGCAAUUUAGUCAAGCAGGAUAUCUUCAAAAUGAAAAUAAAAUGGAGAUUACGGAGAAACUCAUUGAAGAUUCGUCUUACCAAGGAAAUGAUGUGACUCGACAUACUCAAGGGAAAACAUUAAAUAAAAAUGUGACAGUUGUAACUGGCGAUAGGUUUUAUAAAUGUGAAAUUUGUUUUAAGCAAUUUAGUAAAGCAGGUAAUUUGAAAGAGCAUUUGAGAGUGCACACUGGGGAAAAACCUCACAAGUGUGAAAUUUGUUUUAAGCAAUUUAGUAAAGCAGGUAAUUUGAAAGCGCAUUUGAGAGUGCACACUGGGGAAAAACCUCACAAGUGUGAAAUUUGUUUUAAGCAAUUUAGUCAAGCAGGUCAUUUGAAAGAACAUUUGAGAGUGCACACUACGGAAAAACCUUACAAGUGCGAGAUUUGUUUUAAGCAGUUUGCCCAUAAAUAUCAAUUAACUGUUCACAUGACAGUUCAUACAGGAGAAAAACUUUCCGAGUGUGAAAUUUGUUUUAAGCAAUUUCCUAGAGCAUGUACUUCAAAAGAGCAUUCAAGAAUACACACUGGAGAAAAACCUCACAAGUGUGAAAUUUGUUUUAAGCAAUUUAGUAAAGCAGGUAAUUUGAAAGCGCAUUUGAGAGUGCACACUGGGGAAAAACCUCACAAGUGUGAAAUUUGUUUUAAGCAAUUUAGUCAAGCAGGUCAUUUGAAAGAACAUUUAAGAAGGCACACUGGAGAAAAAUCUCACAAGUGUGAAAUUUCUUUUAAGCAAUUUAAUCGAGCAGGUCAUUUGAAAGUACACACUGGGGAAAAACCUCACAAGUGUGAAAUUUGUUUUAAGCAAUUUAGUCGAGCAGGUACUUUAAAACAGCACUUAAGAGUACACACUGGAGAAAAACCUCACAAGUGUGAAAUUUGUUUUAAGCAAUUUAGUCAAGCAGGUACUUUAAAAGAGCAUUUAAGAGUACACACUGGAGAAAAACCUCACAAGUGUGAAAUUUGUUUUAAGCAGUUUAACCACGCAUGUAGCUUAAAAACACAUUUGAGAGUACAUACCGGAGAAGAACUUCCUAAGUGUGAAAUUUGUUUUAAGCAAUUUAGUCAAGCAUGUUCUUUGAAAACACAUUUGAGAGUGCACACUGGGGAAAAACCUCACAAGUGUGAAAUUUGUUUUAAGCAAUUUAGUCAAGCAGGUACUUUAAAAGAGCAUUUAAGAGUACACACUGGAGAAAAACCUCACAAGUGUGAAAUUUGUUUUAUGCAAUUUAGUCAAGCAUGUACUUUAAAACAGCAUUUAAGAGUACACACUGGAGAAAAACCUUACAAGUGCGAGAUUUGUUUUAAGCAGUUUGCUCAUAAAUGUCAAUUAACUGUUCACAUGACAGUUCAUACAGGAGAAAAACUUCACGAGUGUGAAAUUUGUUUUAAGCAAUUUCCUAGAGCAUAUACUUUAAAAGAGCAUUCAAGAAUACACACUGGAGAAAAACCUCACAAGUGUGAAAUUUGUUUUAAGCAGUUUAACUAUGCAUCUAGCUUAAAAACACAUUUGAGAGUACAUACUGGAGAAGAACUUUCUAAGUGUGAAAUUUGUUUUAAGCAAUUUAGUCAUGCAGGUCAUUUGAAAGAACAUUUGAGAGUGCACACUAGGGAAAAACCUCACAAGUGUGAAAUUUGUUUUAAGCAAUUUAGUCGAGCAGGUACUUUAAAAGAGCAUUUAAGAGUACACACUGGAGAAAAACCUCACAAGUGUGAAAUUUGUUUUAAGCAAUUUAGUCAAGCAGGUAAUUUGAAAGAGCAUUUGAGAGUGCACAAAGGAGAAAAACCUCACAAGUGUGAAAUUUGUUUUAAGCAAUUUAGUCAAGCUGGUACUUUAAAACGGCAUUUAAGAGUGCACACUGGGGAAAAAACUCACAAGUGUGAAAUUUGUUGUAAGCAAUUUAGUCAUGCAGGUAAUUUCAAAAAACAUUUAAGAAGGCACACUGGAGAAAAACCUUAAAGUGCGAGAUUUGUUUUAAGCAAUUUGCUCAUAAAUAUCAAUUAACUGUUCACAUGACAGUUCAUACAGGAGAAAAACUUCACAAGUGUGAAAUUUGUUUUAAGCAAUUUCCUAGAGCAUGUACUAUAAAAGAGCAUUCAAGAAUACACACUGGAGAAAAACCUAACAAGUGUGAAAUUUGUUUUAAGGAGUUUAGUGGAGCAGGUAAAUUAAAAAGACAUUUAAAAGUGCACACUGGAGAAACAUCUACAAGUCUGUGCGUUAGAAUUGAAAGGGCGGAAGUCACUUUCACUUUGCUUUGCAGGAGAUAAAAAUUAGUGCUCUUAAUUUGUACACAAUAAUUUAAAAUCCUCAAAUGAUGUUGCAGCUUUAUGUUUUUAAAGAAAGUGGUGAAGCAUGCAUUAAAAAGACAUUUAAAAGUGCACACUGGAGAAACAUCUUACAAAAGUGUGAAAUUUGUCUUAAACAAUUUAGCGAAGCAGGUACUUUGAAAAACAUUUGAGAGUGCAUACUGGGGAAAAAACAUACAGGUGCGAGAUUUGUUUUAAGCAGUUCGCUCAUAAAUAUCAAUUAAGAGUUCAUAUGACAGUUCACACAGGGGAAUAACAAAAGAAAGUUACUUAUUUUACUUACGAUUCAGUUACUUAUUUCCGAACUUGAAUGCAGAAGAAUGUGUGGAUGCCUUGUAUCAUGCUAUGUAUGGUUGUAUAAACCAGUAUGUUCCUUCAAUCACUGUCAGGAAUAGCACAUUCCCUAUAUGGUUUGAUGGCGAAUUGAAGCAUCUUGUCUCAUUGAAAAAAUCCUAUAACGCCAGAUUUAAAAAGACAGGUUGUUGUGACGAUUAUGACGAUUUCUGUACUCUGAGAGCAUUGUGUAAGCAGAGGAGUAGAGAUUGUUAUGCGGAGUUUGUUGAAAGUACUGAGGAAUUCUUCUUAUUUAAGUACCGUGCCCAAAUUUUUAGGCGCGGGUAGCUUCCAUAACAA